CUCUGCCACAGACCCUGUCACCCUGUGACCUGCAGGUAUCGGGAGCGCCACAGCUAAGCCUCAAGACACCCGGAAACUGGAAAUGGGGCUGUUGACAUUCAGGGAUGUGGCCAUAGAAUUCUCUAUGGAGGAGUGGGAAUGCCUGGACACUACUCAGCAGAAUUUGUAUAGGGAUGUGAUGUUAGAGACCUACAGAAACCUGGUCUCUCUGGAUCUUGCUAUGUCUAUGCCGGACCUGAUCACCUGUCUGGAGCAAAACAAAGAGCCCUGGAAUGUGAAGAGACAGGAGACAGUAGCCAAACACCCAGGUAGGUGGGAGUGA